UUUUUUUUUGCAAUGAAUCAUUAUUAUUAUUAUUACCAUUAUAUACUAUAACUAUUUAUAUUAUUAGCGUGAAAUUUAGAAAAACUCCCAAAGUGCAGUUACACUGAUUCCGCCAUUAAUGUAAGACGAGCGCCAUCUCGUGUUCAUAUCUAUAUAAUCAGUAGACGACGGCGCACACCUGAGGUUUUUUUUUCGCCACAUUUACGAAGUGUUCAUAUUGGUGUUUUUUUUUAACAACACGAGUUGAGAGCAGAGCCACACAGACAAUUUUUUUGUUGCUUUGAAAGACAAAUUACACACCCAAAACAAGGUAAUUAUUGCAGCGGUAAAUUAAUAAUAUCUGGAUUUGAAAACCUCGGCUGAUGCGAAGGAAGUUUACGAUGUGAAACAAUGAGUGGAGGCGAAGGAGACAAAAUCCUUGUUCGUGCGCUUGAGACGUGCUCGGUCUCCUCGAAGCUGAGCUCCAGCUCGACAUCGGGCGACAACAGGCUGCCUGCCUUCAAGGACGCUCGGUCUCGGGAUGCCUCCAAAAACUGGGAAAUUCAUGGGACGACUUGUACUGGACCACAUUCCAAGACCUUCUUCUCAGUAGACUUGGAUAUCUGCAAUGGACAAUCAAAACUGCUGAUCAGUUUGUGGGCACCACUCUACCCACCCUCGAGGACUUGCAUACUAUUCAAACGAGGACAAGAACAGGCGGUAUCCUAUCGGACCAUCCGCAUCCUGGCCACCACCUCUUCCAGCUCCUUCGCUCGGAGUUUGGACUUCCCUUGGACUCUCGACCUUAACCGACUCAUUGGUGCAGUGCAACUUUUUUAUUUUCACACGUCCACACAACUCCACGUCACCACUUCCUGCUCGCGAGAUAAGGAAGCGGCGCCCGGAGGUGACGUCCUCGUCCAUCUUGGCGGCGAUAAACAUCGUAAAGGUCUCCGCCGCUGCCAAUCUGGGAAAUUAAGUUGCACUGUCCAUCAGGAGUUAACAGUUGUCUUGUCGUCAGUCCAAAUCCUCAGAAAGAUGGCUGAAAAUCGCAGUAACCGACAGGGUGAUGCUUUUCUCUUCAGCGGCAUUUUUCCAUUUCUGUGGAUAAGAGGCUUGUAAAAUGGACGGACUGAUGGACGUUCUCAUAACCUUUUCUCUUCUUAUGAUCUGGCGGGCUGCAACACUGUGAUGCCCUCGUCGGAAAACACAUAGAACAUGUUGCCGACGCUCAAACCUGGAAAACAAGGCAAGGAGCAUCAAGGAAGUGGAUCAAGGGAGCGGGAUCGGGUCAUAUUUAUUCACACCGAAGCUUCCUGGUACUGUAAGUAAGUCGACAAAAUUCAACUGAGUUCUCAUGAGAACCAACCGGGUGCCAGGGGACAAAAUCACUCUACGGAAUACCAACUGAAAACACCAUAGAAGAUCGAUGGAUUUCGGCAAUUAAACGUGAUGAAUGGUGCCCGACAAAAAUACACACACGCCUGUGUAGCGAUCGCUUCAUUUCAGGUGAGAAUUAUUCUUCUCAAUCACAAAUUACCAACAAGUAUUUAUAAUGCCAAGUUGGCUCAUUGGAGAACAAUGCGUGUUAAAAAAAAAUAAAUAAACUGCCUGUCACAGAGGUUUACGGAGGUUCAGUGUGGGCACAAUCGCUUCCUUGUACAGUCUGUUGAGACAACUCCGUCCUCUUUUUUUUCCAAUCAUAGUUAAUGAAUGCGAGUUUGUGUAAACCCAGGGGUCAUUUAUUUAAAUAUUGGUAUUUGCAUUGAAUACUAGCUGGAAAAAUCGGUGGAUUCUGGCAAAGGUUAACGUGUGGCCGAACACACUUCCGCGUUCACGAGCCUUGAAAACCGUCACUAUGUGGGAUUUAUUCCAAAUGAGAACAGAUCCAGCAACAAAGUAUGUCGUAUGUAUCCAGACUUACCUUCUAAAUGUCUGACGGUAUCGGACAAGACUCUGUGCAUCGUGCUAUAAGACAUAUUUUCGUGUCGUCUCCAACCGCCUUAGCAUUGAACAAUGCUUUGUUUGACCAGCAAUAUGGCGACGUAAAGAAAAGUCACGUGAUUUUAUGACGUAGGCGCACGGGCUCUAUUAGCGGUACAUGGUUAGCGAUGUCCCAAAUCUGAGCGGGUGUGUGUGGAGAGGACAUUUUUCCGAACCACUAACCCAACCCGAAGAGAUCCUCACACCAAUUUCCAUGCACAUCAGAUUCUAAAAGCCAACAUCUGGUCCAACCAAUAAAUCCAGGCUUGUUAGUAACUCGGAAUCUUUUGUAUUGAUGAUAAAUAUUCUCAUUGUUUUGAUGUGGUCAGCUCGCCCCAAGGAGGAGGGAGUUCAUUUGCGACUUCUGUCUUUCUGCAUUCAUUAAUGCAAACAGAAAGCACGAUGUAAACACACGGUGAAGAGUACAGAAGAUAGAACCUGUGCCAUCUGCUCGCCCGUCAGCUCGUCAACACAUCACAUUUGUAACAACCGGCAAGUGUAUAUUUGUAAAAACGCAGCAAGUAUACGCUGCCUAACGGCCUGAAACUGACAAUAAGCCAGGUUGGAUGCUGUUUUCCCGUUGAUAAAUGUCCACAAAGCAGGCACGCUGGCACACUGUAAAACACAUUGCAGCGCGCCAUAAACAGCAGUCAGCCUCAUAUUGAAGCACGGAGACUGGGAGUGUUGUUGUUGUUGGAUUUUUUUUUUUUUUGUCUUUAUAAUACACACAGCAUCCAGACAGGAUUGGAUGGUUUCCGCAACAGCGGAGCUGCGAGCGGUUAGGUAUGAAAAAAAAAAAAAAAAGAAGAAAAAAAAAAGGCUGAUUGUGUGCGAGCGGUAGUUGAUGAAACGCACCCCGGGCAGUGUACGAGGCGGAGGGGGGAGGAAGCUGGCGAGCUGGUGUUUCUUGUGGACAACACGACUGAACACGCAUACUGUAAUUUGCUUUCACAGGCCCGGGAGUGGCGCCGCAUGCCAACUUUAUCACAUGAAUACAAAAGGAGUUGAG